CCAACGCGCGUGUGAUUACUGCCUCGCAACACGUUUUUCUUGUGUUUUUGUGGACAAUAACCGCGCAUUUUGCGAGCAAAACUGCAUAAAACAGUAGAGAAAGGCUGUAUUUUGAGAUUUUUCCUGAAACAAUUCGUAUCAGUACCGAUAAAAUGACCAGUAAGAAGGUAAAAGUGCAAUCGCAUGGAGACGACGCGCAGCAGAUGGAUGCGAAAAGUGACAGCGGAGAUGACUCCAGCGGCGACGAGAAUCCGGACAUCUACAAGGGCGAUGAGGGAAUCACAGUCGAUUUCGAGGGUCGCAAUCCGAUCGAUUCUGACAUGGACGGCAUCAAACAGAUGCUGGGACAGCUUUUUGUCAAGGCACAUGUCGAUUUGAAUGAGCUUUCCGGGAUGAUCAUUGGGCAAAACUACGUGGGAAGCGUUCUGAAACAGGCGUACACCGAUGACGAUGAUGAAGAUGAGGACGAGGACAUGGAGGAUCCCUGCCAAAUUGUAUUUGGAGUAACAACGGCCAUCAAUCUCACCAACAAGCAAGAUCAGAAUUGUGUAAAGCAGUUGCAGAAGAUGCUGUUUGAGAAGGCGGAAAAGUACGCCACAGAUUCCGUGCUGAAGUUGUUCCGCGAUGCCCUGCAAUCUGGCUCGAAAAGCACAGCUCUGUUGCUAAACGAACGCUUCGUAAACAUUCCUGCUGCGGUUUGUGUACCAAUGCUUGAGAAUCUAAUGGUGGAGAUUGAUCGUGCCAAGGCGAAGGGAAUGCCGUACAAGUUCGAUUAUUUCAUAAUGUUCGUAAAGUACUACCAGAAGGCUGCCGCUGGGUCGAAAGCAGCGGAAGUCUUGUACUCCAAUGACGAGGAAGAGUAUUUCAUCAAGGAUUGUCUGGCGAGCUUCGAUUACUCGGUACAAAAGGAAACCACCACCGCACUGGCGGGAAAUUGGCUGGAGGAAGACGAAGAGCUGCAACCGCUCAGGAAAGUUUUGCUCAUCGAGGCCAACAAGCUGCCGGAUAUUGUCGGCACAAUAAAGAGUCUGAUCGCUGCAGCGGUCAACAAUUAAAUAUUAUUAAAGCGAAUAAAGAGGA